AUGAAUUUAUUAGGUUUUUAUUGGCAAGUGGUGCAUGAUAUCAACCUAGGUGAGGUAGUUUAUCGUCUUGCGUUACCAGCAUCUUUUGACCGAGUGCAUGACGUGUUUUGCGUAUCCCAGCUGAGACAAUACAUUAGAGAUGACUCACACUACGAGGAGACCCCCGUUCAGAUCCUAGAUAGGAAGACGCGUGAUACUCGUCGAGGUAGUGUAGCGCUUGUGAAGGUGCUAUGGUCUUAUCAUGUUACCGAAGAAGCCAUGUGGGAGGCAGUAGAUGCCAUGAGACGCGAUUAUUCCUGGUUGUUUGCUUAG